AUGAAUAUUUAUACAACAAGUAAUCUAUUUCAAAGAUCAUCAAGAUUAUUAUUAUCAAACAACUUUAAGUGUUUGAUUAAUCAUCAAUCACCACGACUAUGUUCAUUUAGUACUACCACGGCGAGCGCAUCUACAAAUGAACAACAAAUCAUAACAAAGAUCUAUGAUAGAAUCAUUGGUAAUAGAUCAUCGUCGAUUCAAAUCAAAGAUAAUGGAACUAAAAGUGGAAGAGGGUUAUUUGCAAUUACUGCCUUUAAAAAGGGUAGUCAAAUCUUCCAAGAAGAACCAUUUGUUUCUUAUCCAUCAUUGGAUGUUGAUAAAUCAACUAUUUGUAAUCAUUGUUUAAAACAAUUAAAUAAUAACGGUAAUAAUAAUAAUGAUAACAAAUCAAAACAACAACAACAAUGUACAAAAUGUGGAGAGAGAUAUUGUUCAGAGAAAUGUAGAUCAUCUGCAGAGGUACAACAUCAUUUAGCAAGUUGCCCUACCAGUUCAAAUAUAGAUAACAUUACUAGAUAUAGUCUAGUUGAAAAGAGACGAUUCCCAUUGUUGGCUGCUCGCAUCCUAUCGAGAAUAUUAUUAGAGAAUCACUUUGACAAAACGAUGCACAAUUGGGAAAAUCUUCAAGUACUUUCAUUUGCAAAGAAAGAUGCUCCUCUGGAAUGGAAAGAUGAUUAUGAUGUUUUUAAAAAAUCAUUAUUAACAAGAGAAAGUAAUCAAAAGAGAUUUGAUUUUAAUUGGUUUGUUAGAAUAAUGCAAAUAUUAUAUUUAAAUACACUUGGAAUUGAUGUUGGAUCUACGAAACCAUCGAUUUCAUCACCAACAUCAUCUAUUGGUUUAUUCUUUCUUUCAUCAUUUUUCAAUCAUAGUUGUGAUCCCAACGUCUAUAUGGCAUUCCCACACGAUAAAACAGCAGUCAUAACAGCACUACGCGAUAUCAAAAAAGGUGAAGAACUUUUCAUCUCCUAUGGAGACUCUGAAAAGGAUAUGUUUGAUCGACAAACUCAUCUCUUUGAUAAUUAUGGAUUCAAUUGCGAUUGUCCAAAAUGUACCCAAGAAUUAUUAUUGACCAAACAACAAAGAAAUAAAUAA